AUGGAGCAAGAGACACAGGCAACAAGCGGGAAAUGGGCACUGAAAAAGGUGUGGCGUCAAGAAGAAGAUCCAUCGGAUGUGGGAGAUCAAGGAGCGCAAAGUGAAGGUGGCUUUCAUUCGUUUAAAACUGCAUUGGCGAAUGGAAAUUUGAAUGGUGAAGAUAAGGAGGACUAUGAGAAUGAUGACUUUGUUUUGAAUGAGGGUGAUAUCAUUAUGUCCACUAUUGAUGGGAUGCCGGACAUCCGUUUUUCUGACAGAGUGCAUACUUUGGUCCUGAAAAGCAUGUUUACGUCGGUGAUAAUCAAAUCUCUGGGAAGGAAAAUUGGAUUAAAUAGCUUGUGUAGUAAACUUUAUGCAAUUUGGAAACCCACUCGUACGUUUCAAUUGAUGGAUCUUGUUAACGACUAUUAUGUGGUAAAAUUUGAAGCCAAGAUGGAUUAUAAGAAGCCUUGGUCAUUGUCAUUCAGUACACAGGAGGAAUAUCCAAUGCUGGUGGUGGUAUGGGUACGGUUACCAAACUUUCCGGGGGCGUGGUUUAAAAGAUGUUUGUUGGAAGCAGUAGGGAAUACCAUUGGGCAGUUGAGAAUUGAGGAUAAAAUUCAAAGGGAGGAGUAUGAAAAUUUACCUAAUGUAUGCUAUGAAUGUGGUCGGUUUGGCCAUGUUAAGGAUGGAUGCCCAAAACUCAAUGUGCAGAAGGAGAUGGAAGAGAACGACGAAGAAGAGAUGGGAUGGCCGAAAUCAUUAGGGGUUAAACUAUCAACGGCGGUGGAGUUUGAUAGAAAGGCAAAAUCGGCAAACUAUGGUGAGUAG